AUGGAGAGUUGGAGGGAGGGUGAGAGGGGCAGAUGGAGUGAGAGCGGGGGACAGGGGGAGAGGGGUAGAGCUGGGGCGGGGGAGGAGGCAGUGUGGGGGGUUUGGAGGGAGGGGGAGGGGAGACAGCCCCUAUACUGCCCCCUGCACCAGGAGCAGCUGAAACUGUUCUGUGAAACGGACGCUGAGCUGAUCUGUGGGAUAUGUCGUGACGGGCGAAGGCACAAGUACCACCACUUCUUCCCGGUCAAUGAGGCUGUGGAGAUGUACAAGGGCAAACUGAAGGCAUCCAUGGACGCUGCCACCAGGCGGAAGCUCACGGUACUGCGCAUGAAGUCCGAGCAGCAGCAGAAGAUUUCCCACGUGCGGGAGCAGUCAAGCAGCCUGCACGCCCACAUCCGCUUCGAGUUUGCGCGCAUGCACCGGGUGCUGAGUGAGAGGGAGCAACGCUUGAGCAACGAACUGCAGGAUGCAGAGGAGCGCAUCCUGGCACAGAUGCAGGAGAACCUGCAGCGCAUGCAGGACACGCUGGAUUCCGUGGAGCGGUUCCUGCGACAGCUGCAGACACGCAUGGAGCAGCCGGACAUCGUGGCUUUGAUCAAGGAGGAAAGUAUUUGGAAUAGGAGGUUCACUAACAAGCAAGACACCCUAGAUGUGGUGGACUUGGAGCUGCCGCUGGGUGUGUACAGGGGUCCUCUACAGUAUAUGGCCUGGCGGGAGAUGAUGGAAGCCAUCAGUCCUGUGCCGGCCCCGCUCACCCUGAACCCGGACACAGCUAACCCGUGGCUGCAGCUGUCCGAGGAUCUAUGCAGCGUGUGGAUGGGUGCGGAGCGGCAGUCCCUGCCCGAGUCCCGGUGGAGGUUUGACCGAUGUGCCGGCGUGCUGGCGGCGCAGGGCUUCGCGUCCGGCUGCCACUACUGGGAGGUGGAGGUUGGCGGCAAGACGGAGUGGGACCUCGGCGUGGCGCGGCGAUCGUGCCAGAGGAAGGGCAGGUUGGAGCGCCGGCCCCGGGAAGGCUACUGGAGGAUGAGCCUGCGGAGAGGCGAGGGGUACCAGGUUGUCACCGAGCCCCCCACCCCCCUCACCCUGGAGUGCGGACCCAUGACCGUCGGCGUCUACCUGGACCACGAGGGCGGCCAGGUGUCCUUCUACGAUGCCGGCAGCAUGGCGCAUCUGUACACCUUCGCCCACACCUUCUCCGAGACCCUCUACCCAUACUUCUGUCUCUGCCUCACUGACGGGGGCAAGAACGCCGAGCCCAUGAAGAUCUGCCGGCUCACCAGCCAGUCCCGGCACCACCUGCCGGUGGCAUUACCCGCCCACUCCGAUACCUCAUCCACCACCACCCGUCACCUCCAAACAUCCUAACUGUGGAUAGACACCGAGUGCUGGAGUAACUCAGUGGGUCAGGCAGCAUCUGUGGAGAACAUGGAUAGGUGACGUUUCACAGAG